AUGAUGAAACUCUCAGCUCAGGCUCUCUUAUUCUUGUGCCUUUCUGCUGUCAAUACCCGAGCAGCUCCCUCGUCGCCGCAGGAUAAUAAUCAGACAUCAUACGGAUCAGAUACGCCUCCCAAGAUCACAGCACAGACGCGUGAGAACGAAGCCAACUACACUGCUCCCUACUUCCCUCUGCUUGGAUUCACCCAAUAUGAGCACAAUCCGAUCCUUUCGCCCAACCCCGCUAACGCCUGGGAGUCCGCCUACCUGUACAACCCCAGCGCCAUUGUCCUAGACGACAAGGUCUUCCUUCUCUAUCGCGCACAGGACGAGGAGAAAACGUCCAGCAUCGGGCUCGCCUGGUCUGAGGACGGCUACAACUUCACCCGGUAUAACAAACCGGUCGUCUCAGCCACGGAAUGGUACGAACACAUCGGUGGCUGCGAGGACCCUCGUGUCGUUCGCGUCAACGGUACAUUCUACCUCACGUAUACGGGGUAUGACAACGUCACCGCGCGGCUGUGUCUCGCUACUUCAACCGAUCUGGUGAACUGGAAGAAGUACGGACCAAUACUUCCCGACUACGAGAGUGUGGUUUACGACUGGAGAGACCCCAAGGCUUAUUUUGGCCUCAAUAAGAAGGGCUGGACCAAGAGCGGAGCCAUCAUCCCUGAGCGUCAGCCAGAUGGGUACUACUACAUGCAGUUCGGAGAUACUUAUCUUUAUACAGCCAACUCGACAGAUCUGAUUCACUGGAACGUGUCUGGAGAUGGAGUGCCGUUUGCCCCGCCCCUGAAUGUUUGGGAGCAGGGACUGAUGGAGUCGGGCCCUCCGCCAGUCAAGACCCGGGAUGGGAAAUGGUUGAAGGUUUACAACGGCAUGGCAACGGGCUUAGGCGGAUACACAGCCACUCAAUAUAGUACUGGACAGUUGCUCAUUGAUCCGGCCAAUGCUCCGCUGGGGCCUCCACUGGCUCGUAUCGAAACGCCGAUUUUGCAGCCAACCACGGCAACGGAAAUUCAAGGGCAGGUCGACAACGUGGUAUUUAGUGAGGGCCUGGUUCAGUUCAAGGGGAAAUGGCUGCUUUACUUUGGAGCAGGUGAUGCUUUUCUUUCUGUUGCGCAUGCUCCUGUUCAGCAAUAG